UCUAGUGUUGGUAACAUUUUGUUAGCCCAGCCAUACACGCAUGUCUACCGCGGAGUAUUGUGGGUGUCAGUGAGGAAGUAAAAUGGCGGACCUGGCAAACGAAGAGAAGCCUGCCAUAGCCCCACCUGUGUUUGUGUUCCAGGAAGAUAAAGCACAGAAGAGAUCAGCAGAAGGGUCCAGUGCUGAGGAUGGAGAAGACUCUGAUAAAGAUGAGAGUAGUUACUGUCCCCCGGCCAAGAGAGAAAGAACAUCAUCACUAACACAGUUCCCACCCGCACAUUCAGUUUCUAAGAACAAUGUGUUCAUGCCAUCCAGUUUCUGUCAGUCCCCGUCAGGAAAUAAUUCAGAUUCAGAACCUGAGGAGAAGACUGUUGGGUUUCGCUUGAAGCCUCCCACCCUGAUCCAUGGACAGGCUCCUCGUACAGGUGUCCCGAGCCAGAAGCCCAAGGAGCAGCAGCGCAGCGUACUACGACCCGCAGUACUGCAGGCCCCUCCGCCUAGCAAAUCACUAACCCUGACCGGUUUGAACAGUGGUACGAAUGGAGUGAACAGAUUGUCCGAGGGUCUGCCAGUCACCCAGAACAACACAGAGAACUGUGAUGGCUCCACAGACAAUAUGGCCAAGUCACAGGAGAAGAAAAGCGAGAGCGGUGAGAGCAGGAAUAUAGAGAGAACAGAUCCUCCUGUGGAAUCCACAUUUGUAUUUGGUCAGAAUGUCAGAGACAGAGCCAAGGUUGAGGGAAGCAGUGAAAAGAAAGUCUCUCUGUCAGCAGAAUCAGGGGAAACCAAUUAUUUCCUACAGUACAGAAGCACUCCUGGCUUACAGAAGGCUGAGAACAACACUGACGACGGGGCUAAGUUUGUGUUUGGACAGAACAUGUCGGAUCGUGUCCUGAGUCCGCUGAAAUGUGAGCAGGCAGCAGAGAGCAGCAGAGAUCCCCCUGCCACCCCGCCAUGUGAGCCACCCUCACUGGUCAGCAGCCCCGACAAAGAUACCAAUGUGACAGAGUCUUUGGAGGAGUCGGCAGCGGCCUACACCAAAGCCACAGCCAAGAAGUGCUUGUUAGAGAAGGUAGAGGUCAGAACUGGAGAGGAGUCGGAGAGUAAUGUACUACAGGUCCAAUGCAAGUUGUUUGUGUUUGACAAAGCUUCCCAGUCUUGGGUGGAGAGAGGCAGAGGACUACUAAGGCUUAAUGAUAUGGCCUCCACAGAGGAGGGAUCAUUACAGUCCAGGCUAGUGAUGAGGACCCAGGGCAGUUUGCGUCUGAUCCUCAACACCAAGCUGUGGCCCCAAAUGCAGACAGACAAAGCCAGCGAGAAGAGCGUCCGCAUCACAGCCAUGGACACUGAGGACCAGGGGGUCAAGGUCUUCCUCAUAUCGGCGAGCUCUAAGGACACGGGUCAGCUGUACGCAGCGCUGCAUCACCGUAUCCUGGCACUGCGGAGCCGCUCAGACCAGGAGCCAGAGCCCCGGGUCCCCAUUCCAGACGGCCACAUCCCUCACCCCCAGUCUAACGAGGAGGAUAGUGAUGAGGACGAAUCGCUCACACCCACUGCCAACAUCGCAGAGGGUCCAGAGGUCCAGGCCAGCGGGAGUGGGUCCUCAUAGCGCCUGCCCCCCUCCACACGCUGCAGUCAGGACCCCUACAGGCACCUCAGUCCAGCAUUUCCCCAAUGGUCAGAGGUCACAGUGGAGUACCAGGAAGGAUCCUAUGCAGGUGCUACUAACUUAACUCUGUGCAGUUCAGUCUCUCUGCAUUUGCAGUAUAUCCGGGAUGGAUGGUCUUUUUGUUUGUUUUUUUAUUUUCGUUUUUUUAACCUAUAGAACUGAAAAAUAUAUAUUUUUUGGAGUUUGUGAAUUGUCGCUCAUCAUAUUGAUGAGUGAGACGUUGCAAGACGGAAUGAGAAAGCGGUUUUCUUCUCUCGCCGAUGUAAGUACAUUCUAAAGAGCUUGCCGUUAAAAGUGGGACCUCUUUAUCCACCUUGCAAGAAAACAGACCUCAGGCACUUCAAAUCCAGUGGGGCUUGUAUUUUGUUCAGAGAGGUAAAGAUCUAGUUGCCUAGCAAAUAAUAGUUUAUAAAGUCUUCUUUCAGAGUUGUGUCUGAACUCUCCAAGUUUUAUUUUGUAUUUUAAGUCCGUCGAUACCGCCUUUGGCCACUUAGUUUUUUAGUCUGUAGUCAACAUUAUAAAUUAUUUUUGACCACAAAUCAUUUGAAAUCGAAGCCCUUGUGCAAACACCUGCUUUGACGUAAAUUAUUUAAUAAAGAAUUCCAUUUAAUAAUGGAGUUGACCUGUGUUCAUUAUUAUGAUGAUUAUUAUUAUUGAUAGUUGAUAUAUCGACUUUGAUUUUGAAGUUCAUUUGAAAAUGAACCCAUUUUGCAAAUAAGCUAGCUGGAUUUGAUAGUUUUACAGCAGGUUUUUUUCCCAUGACCCCAAAAUUGUCCCUAAAUAUAGAUGGUAGAUGUGUUUGUUUCAAAAAGAUAAAGCAUUUUUAGAUGGAUCUGAAAAGAUAUCAUCUUCCCAAAUAUAUAUUGAAUAAACCAAUUUUAUUAGUUGUUUACAAUUGUUUAUUUAGUUUGCUUUAAAUAAGUUACACAGACAUUGUUUAUAACAACCUCGAUCAUUGUGAACAUAUUUUUCCUAUGUUUUUUCACACCAUGAGAAAGGUCAAUAUAAUAACUUCUAGGUUUGGGUGUUGGCAGUUGGAUUCUCCGAACAUGUCGUUAUUUGCAUCUAUCCUAAAUGGGUUUGACCUCAAAACCCUACAAAAUGCACAUAUACUCUCAGAACAACUAAUGCUGCCAUUUUAAUUCAAAGAGCUAUAGGCAUUGGAACAGGUGGUUCUACACGCACAUGAUUGGAAGACUACAAGUACAUUGUUUCUCACCAAUCGUCUGGGUGCUGAGCCCUCUUUAUUCCACUGUUAAUCGGUGGCUUUGGUUUGGUGUAUUUAAAACGGAUCCCCUAUGAGAAUAGAUGACUGCAGUUAUAUUUCCUUCAGUGAAGUGUGGCUCCUCUUGUUUUAAGCCUUUCUUCAUAUCAGUGGAAUUAGUCAUAUCUCUAAACUGUUGUAUUAUAGUGUCAUCCUUUUUCAUGUACUACAAGCCUUUCAUGUGAAAAUAUGUAUUUUUAACACAAAAAAAGCACACUUUGAAAACUGAAAAAAAAAACAAAAAAAAAACAGGCAAGUAGAAAUGUUUGUGGUUAAAAUGUAUAUAUCCCGUAAUGUAUAUUAUUGAGCAGCCUUUAAGUGUAAAAAAAAAUAAAAAAGGAUGCCCCUCCUUA